CCCAUCCCUCGGGGGGCCGCCGCAGGCCCGCCAGCCGAGGCGCGGCACCAUGCUGGACUUCGCCAUCUUCGCCGUGACCUUCCUGCUGGCGCUGGUGGCCGCCGUGCUGUACCUCUGCCCGGCUUCCAGACAAGCUGCAGGAAUUCCAGGGAUUACACCAACUGAAGAAAAAGAUGGAAAUCUUCCAGACAUUGUGAACAGUGGCAGUUUGCAUGAGUUCCUGGUUAACUUGCAUGAACGGUUCGGGCCUGUGGUCUCUUUCUGGUUUGGCAGGCGCCUCGUGGUCAGCCUGGGCACUGUGGACGCGCUCAAGCAGCACAUCAACCCCAAUAAGACGGCCGACCCUUUUGAAACCAUACUGAAGUCAUUAUUAAGGUAUCAGCCUGGUGAUGGGAGUGUGAAUGAAAACCACCUGAGGAAGAAGUUGUAUGAAAGUGGUGUGACCAAGUCUCUGCAGAGUAAUUUUGCUCUAUUGCUAAAGCUUUCAGAAGAAGUGUUAGACAAGUGGCUUUCCUACCCAGAGUCCCAGCACAUCCCCCUUGGCCAGCACAUGCUUGGUUUUGCUAUGAAGUCUGUUACUCAGCUGGUACUGGGUAGCACAUUUGAAGAUGAACAAGAAGUCAUUCGCUUCCAAAAGAAUCAUGGCACCGUUUGGUCUGAGAUUGGAAAAGGUUUUCUAGAUGGGUCACUUGAUAAAAGUAUGACUCGGAAAAAACAGUAUGAAGAUGCCCUUCUGCAGUUGGAAUCUAGCCUGAAGAAAAUCAUAAAAGAGCGAAAAGGAAAGAACUUCAGUCAGCACACCUUCAUUGACUCCUUAGUCCAGGAAAAGCUUCAUGAUCAACAGAUCCUAGAGGACAGUAUGAUAUUUUCUCUAGCUGGUUGCAUAAUAACUGCAAAGUUGUGUACCUGGGCAAUCUGUUUUCUAACGACCUCUGAAGAAGUUCAGAAGAAGCUAUACCAAGAGUUAGAUCGUGUUCUGGGGAAGGGUCCUAUUACCUCAGAGAAAAUUGAACAGCUCAGAUAUUGUCGGCAAGUGCUUUGUGAAACCGUUCGGACUGCCAAACUGACUCCAGUCUCUGCCCAACUUCAAGAUGCUGAAGGAAGAAUUGACCAAUUUGUUAUUCCUAGAGAGACCCUCAUCCUUUAUGCCCUCGGUGUGGUACUUCAGGAUCCGAACACUUGGCCAUCCCCACACAAGUUUGAUCCAGAUCGCUUUGAUGAUGCAGCAGUGAUGCAAGCAUUCUCCCUGCUUGGCUUUUCAGGCACACGGGAGUGCCCAGAGUUGAGGUUUGCAUACAUUGUGACCACGGUACUUCUAAGUGUAUUGGUCAAGAGACUGCACCUACUUUCUGUGGAGGGACAAAGUUUUGAAACAAAGUAUGAACUGGUCACAUCUUCAAGAGAAGAAGUUUGGAUCACUGUCUCAAAGAGAUACUAACAUUUUAUACAUUUAGAGUCUGUUAACUAGACUAAGGAAAAAUGACUGCCUAUACUGUAUGCUAAAUCCUUUUGUAAUAUUAUGUACUUUAAACAUCUAUUAUUGCUUCAUGAUAUAAAUGUGGACUUUUAUGUAUCAGGUUGUCUUCUGAUAUACAUUUAUACUGUUACUAACAAUGAUAUUAAUAGAUUGGGGGGGGUUCAAGGUAGGGUCUCACUCUAGCCCAUUUGACCUUAAAUUUACUAGUCGCAGGGUGGCCUCAAAUUCAUGGUGAUCCUCCUACCUCUGCCUCGCCAAUGCUGGGAUUAAAGCCGUAUGCCACUAUACCUGGCUAAUUUUAAUAGAAAGGUUUAACUUUAUUUUCAUUUAUAUCAUUUUCCAAGGUGUCAUUUUCAUCUUGUUUUUCUAGUUUGGUUUCUAAAGUGAACAGUCUUAAAGAAAGAUUAUUUUGUACUAGGUGGAUAAUCAUGUUUUCUGAAUAUCCAUAAAAGAAACAUAAUGCUGACUCCUUUUGUAUUUCCAGUAAAUCACCUUAUAGAAAAAUAAAAAGGACUUGCUGUACCUA